GUCAAUUGUCAAGUCGGUUAUUAAUUGAAGUUGUCGUCUGUUUACAAAUUUAAAAACAUGCACAAUAUUAGUAUUUAUGCAUUAAUGUAAAGUAAUAAUAAUUAUUUAUAAUCUAUACAAUACAAAAGCUAAAUCAUGGCGGAUGCUGCGGCGAGACAACUUCAAUAUGAGUACAAAGCCAACUCCAAUCUUGUACUUCAAGCCGAUGUACGACUUAUAGAGCGUAGAAGCAGGGAUGAGGCUACAGGCGAAGUGAUGUCCCUUGUUGGGAAGCUCAUAGGUACUAAAAUGGGGGAUAGAGCGCAAAGAACUAAACCAGGGAAAGCUGAAGAACGUAAAGCCAAACGCCAAAAAAGAGAUGAAGCACAAUAUGAUUUUGCAAGAAUGAAAGGGGCUACCCUUCUUUCAGAAGGGGUUGAUGAAAUGGUAGGAAUCAUAUACAGACCCAAAACGCAAGAAACAAGACAAACAUAUGAAGUUUUACUCAGUUUUUUACAAGAAGCACUUGGUGACCAACCUAGAGAUAUCUUGUGUGGAGCAGCUGAUGAGGUCUUACAAGUUCUGAAGAAUGACAGACUUAAGGAGCGAGAAAAGAAAAAGGAGACAGAAACACUGUUAGGAGCGAUAGCAGAUGAAAGGUUUGCUUUAUUAGUUAACUUAGGGAAGAAAAUAACAGAUUUUGGAAAUGAGGAAAAUAAGGGAACCACAGGGGAGGAAAAUAUUGAUGAAACUUAUGGUAUUAAUGUACAAUUUCAAGAAGAGUCAGAAGAAGAAGAUGGUGAAGAUAUGUAUGGUGAAGUUAGAGAAGAAAUGGAUGAGGAGGAGGGAGAAGAAGCCAAAGAGGAUGGUGCUAUCCAUGCAGAAAAUUUGGGGGGAGUGGAAGAGUCAAAAAAAGAAAAGGCUCUUCAUCCGUUAGACAUUGACGCCUACUGGCUACAACGAAAGCUGUCCAAAAUAUAUGACGAUGCCAUGGUGUCGCAAGCUAAAGCAGGUGAAGUUCUCAACGUUCUCAGAGAUGCAAGUGAUGACAGAGAAUGUGAAAAUCAGUUAGUACUUCUGUUAGGAUACGAUUGUUUCGAUUUUAUCAAGCAGCUAAAGAAACAUCGACAAAUGAUUCUAUAUUGUACUCUUCUCGCCAAAUCCCAAAGCGAAACCGAACGUCAGAAAAUUAAAGAUAAGAUGUCGGACGAUCAAUCUCUAAAUCGUAUAUUGAAAUUGCUCGAAACAGGCCGUGGGGACGAUGACGACGACGAAGAUAGCGAAUCUACCUCCCGCCACCGCAGAGGAAAGAAUGAAAUGGACGAUAUGGAUACUGGCAGUAGUCAGGUUACCGGUUCAAGACAUGUUGUCGACUUUGAAGAUUUGGUGUUUGCACAGGGAUCGCAUUUUAUGGCAAAUAAGAGAUGUCAAUUGCCUGACGGGUCAUUUAGGAAGCAGAGAAAAGGUUAUGAAGAAGUUCACGUUCCAGCUCUAAAACCGAAACCAUUUGGCGAUAAUGAAAAAUUAGUAGCAGUAGACCAACUUCCCAAAUAUGUCCAACCCGUUUUUGAUGGUUUUAAAACCUUGAAUCGCAUCCAGAGUCGAUUAAGUAAAACGGCUUUAGAAUCCGACGAAAAUUUAUUGCUUUGUGCUCCUACUGGUGCAGGUAAAACCAACGUGGCGCUUCUUUGCAUGAUGCGAGAAAUCGGUAAACAUAUAAACACUGACGGAACUAUUAAUGCUGAUGAUUUCAAAAUUAUUUAUGUGGCUCCCAUGAGGUCUUUAGUACAAGAAAUGGUUGGUAAUUUUGGUAAAAGGUUAGCUAGUUACAAUAUAACGGUGUCUGAGUUGACAGGAGAUCAUCAGUUAACUAGGGAGCAAAUUCAAGCCACUCAAAUUAUAGUGUGCACUCCCGAAAAGUGGGAUAUUAUCACUAGAAAAGGAGGAGAAAAAACAUUUACAUCUUUGGGACCUGUGCUGGAAGCUCUUGUAGCCAGAACAAUUCGCAUGAUUGAAUCUACUCAGGAGGAUGUGAGAUUGGUAGGUCUGUCUGCUACUUUACCAAAUUAUCAAGAUGUAGCAGCUUUCUUAAGGGUCAAAUAUGAUACAGGUCUGUUCCAUUUUGAUAACAGUUUUAGACCAGUCGCUUUAGAACAGCAGUACAUCGGUGUUACCGAGAAAAAAGCUCUGAAACGGUUCCAAGUUAUGAACGAAAUCGUUUACGAAAAAACCAUGGAACAUGCGGGCAGAAACCAAGUUUUGAUUUUUGUACAUUCCAGGAAAGAAACUGGGAAAACUGCAAGGGCUAUUCGAGAUAUGUGUUUAGAGAAGGAUACUUUGGGCCAGUUCUUGAGAGAAGGGUCUGCUUCUAUGGAGGUACUGAGGACUGAAGCGGAACAAGUAAAAAAUCACGAGUUGAAGGAUUUAUUGCCAUAUGGGUUUGCUAUACAUCAUGCUGGUAUGACUCGAGUCGAUAGGACAUUGGUGGAAGAUUUGUUCGCUGAUAGGCAUAUUCAGGUACUGGUAUCAACUGCAACCUUAGCCUGGGGUGUAAACUUACCAGCCCACACUGUAAUUAUUAAAGGAACUCAAAUUUACAAUCCAGAGAAAGGUAGAUGGGUUGAAUUGGGCGCCUUGGAUGUUCUUCAGAUGUUAGGUAGAGCUGGUAGACCUCAGUACGACACCAAAGGCGAAGGUAUAUUGAUAACAAACCACAGUGAGUUACAAUACUACCUGUCGUUACUAAACCAACAGUUGCCCAUUGAGUCUCAAAUGAUUUCUAAGUUACCUGAUAUGCUAAACGCAGAGAUAGUUUUGGGUACUAUACAGAAUAUGAGAGAUGCAGUUACAUGGCUUGGUUAUACAUAUCUUUACAUCAGAAUGUUGAGACAACCAACCCUCUAUGGAAUAUCUCAUGACCACUUAAAGCAUGACCAGUUGUUAGAACAGCAUAGAGCUGAUUUGAUUCACACAGCUGCCGUGUUAUUAGACAAAAGUGGUUUGGUCAAAUACGAUAGAAAAACAGGACAAUUCCAAGUGACCGAAAUAGGAAGAAUUGCCUCACACUAUUAUUGUACUUAUGACACCAUGAUGACUUACAACCAGUUAUUAAAACCGAUGUUAAGUGAGAUCGAGUUAUUUAGAGUAUUUUCUCUAUCUGAAGAGUUUAAACAUAUAACAGUGAGAGAAGAAGAGAAACUAGAACUACAAAAGCUCAUGGAAAGAGUUCCGAUACCGAUAAAGGAAAGUAUAGAGGAACCUAGCGCCAAAGUAAACAUUUUGCUUCAAGCAUACAUCUCUCAGUUGAAAUUGGAAGGGUUUGCUUUGAUGUCGGACAUGGUUUACGUCACACAGUCGGCUUCGAGACUUAUGAGGGCCAUUUUUGAAAUAGUGUUGCAUAGAGGAUGGGCCCAAUUAGCUGAUAAAUCUUUGGCGUUGUGCAAAAUGGUUGACAAAAGGAUGUGGCAGUCGAUGUCUCCGUUAAGACAGUUUAAGAAGAUGCCAGAAGAAAUAGUUAAGAAAAUCGAGAAAAAGAAUUUCCCAUGGGAGAGGUUAUACGAUUUGGGUCCCAACGAAAUUGGUGAACUGGUACGCGUUCCUAAAUUGGGAAAAACAAUUCACAAAUAUGUACAUCAAUUUCCAAAACUAGAACUAUCCACUCAUAUCCAGCCUAUAACAAGAUCGAUGUUAAAAGUUGAACUGACCAUUACGCCCGAUUUCCAAUGGGAAGAAAAACUACACGGAGUAUCGGAAGCAUUUUGGAUACUUGUAGAAGACGUCGACUCCGAAGUUAUACUUCAUCAUGAAUACUUUCUACUAAAAGCAAAAUAUGCUCAAGAUGAACAUUCCGUAAAAUUCUUUGUUCCGAUUUUUGAACCAUUACCUCCUCAGUAUUUCCUCAGAAUUGUUUCGGAUCGAUGGAUCGGAGCAGAAACUCAGUUACCUGUAUCGUUUCGACAUUUGAUUUUACCCGAGAAAAACUUCCCACCUACCGAAUUGUUGGACUUGCAACCGCUGCCCAUUACUGCUUUGAGAAAUGAACAAUUUGAGUCUUUGUACUCAGAAAAAUUUCCACAAUUUAAUCCUAUACAAACACAGUGGGACGUACUUUCCCGAAGAUGGAAACAAAGGAAAAACGUACAGAACGUUAAUCUAUUUAUUGUUGACGAGUUACAUCUUCUUGGAGGUGAGGAUGGACCAGUGAUAGAAGUUGUAUGUUCCAGAAUGAGGUACAUCUCGUCACAGAUUGAGAAACCAAUUCGUAUUAUCGCUCUAAGUGCUUCAUUGGCUGACUAUAAGGACGUCGCUCAAUGGUUGGGUUGCAACUCUAACGCUACAUUCAACUUCCAUCCGAGCGUCCGUCCCGUGAAUCUGGAACUUCACGUUCAAAGCAUCAACAUCACUCACAACGCCUCACGAUUGAUAGCGAUGGCUAAGCCCGUAUACAAUGCUAUUUUGCGUCAUAGCCCGCACAAACCAGCAAUCGUCUUCGUACCUACCAGAAAGCAAGCCAGAUUGACUGCUAUCGAUCUACUCACGUAUGCAGCUGCAGAGGGACAUCCUGAUAAGUUUUUCCACGCCGAAGAAGAUGAUAUUAAACCGUUUUUGGAUAGGAUGACAGACAAGACUCUAAAAGAAACAUUAUCCCAAGGAGUGGCCUAUAUGCAUGAAGGACUAACUGCUAGCGACCUUCGUCUGGUCGAACAACUAUUUGAUUCGGGAGCGGUUCAAGUGGCUGUCGUCACGAAGGAUCUCAGUUGGGCCGUCAACAUUUUCAGUCACUUGGUUGUCAUUAUGGAUACACAAUAUUACAAUGGUAAAGUACACGCGUAUGAAGACUAUCCCGUGACGGACGUACUGCAAAUGGUAGGAAGAGCCAACAGACCUCUUGAGGACGAUGAUGCCAAGUGUGUGCUGAUGUGCCAAAGUUCUAAAAAAGACUUUUUCAAGAAAUUUUUGAGCGAUCCGUUACCAGUAGAGAGCCAUUUAGAUCACAGACUACAUGAUCAUUUCAACGCCGAAAUCGUGACAAAAACCAUCGAGAACAAACAAGAUGCCGUAGAUUACUUAACAUGGACCUUCUUGUAUCGUCGUUUGACUCAAAAUCCCAACUACUACAAUCUACAAGGUGUUACACAUAGGCAUUUGUCAGAUCAUUUAUCGGAAUUGGUCGAGAACACCUUGUCCGAUUUGGAACAGUCCAAAUGUAUUAGCAUUGAAGAUGAAAUCGAUUGCGUACCUUUGAAUUUGGGAAUGAUCGCUGCUUAUUAUUACAUCAAUUAUACUACAAUAGAACUAUUCAGUUUAUCAUUGAACAGUAAAACGAAGAUUAGAGGACUGUUGGAGAUCAUUUCGUCUGCAGCCGAGUAUGAAGAUGUGUCUGUUCGUCAUCGAGAAGACAAUAUACUGCGACAGCUAUCACAGAAGCUACCCAACAAAUUAACGUCACCCUCUGGCGGUCAACCCAAGUUCAAUGAUCCCCACGUUAAAACCAAUCUACUGUUGCAGGCUCACUUAUGCCGUUUACAAUUAGGAGCAGAACUUCAAGGGGACACAGAAAUGGUGCUAUCGAAGGCCAUACGACUGAUUCAAGCUUGCGUAGACGUUCUGAGUUCCAACGGUUGGCUUUCGCCUGCUGUAGCUGCUAUGGAAUUGGCACAAAUGGUCACGCAAGCGAUGUGGAGUAAGGACUCGUAUCUUAAACAGUUACCUCACUUUAACAUAGAUGUUGUCAAAAGAUGCACAGAUAAGAUGACAGAAACACAAAUGGCUGACGUAGCUAAAUUCUGUAACCGAUAUCCCAACAUAGAACUUACCUAUGAAGUCAUCGACAAAGACCAGAUCCAUUCAGGAUCGUCGGUACAUGUAGCUGUUCAGUUGGAAAGAGAGGAUGAAGUGAGCGGACCUGUUAUUGCUCCAUUUUUUCCGCAGAAACGCGAGGAAGGCUGGUGGGUAGUCAUCGGUGAACCCAAAUCCAACUCACUUCUAUCUAUUAAGAGGUUAACCCUUCAGCAAAAAGCAAGAGUUAAAUUGGACUUCGUAGCACCUAGUCCUGGACAUCACAACUACACGCUAUAUUUCAUGAGUGAUGCUUACCUAGGAUGCGAUCAAGAAUACAAAUUUUCCAUUGAAGUUGGCGAUUUUGAGUCCAGUGAAAGCGAAUCAGAGUGAAGAGUUUACUAUUAUAUUAAGUUUUGUACAGUUUUCAUGAAAAUAAAAAAAAAUAAAUAUAGUUUUAAGGUACAA